CUUCACCUAUAUGCAAUAUUUGGCGUGGAAUGGCUAAAUAAUUAUUUUAUCGAUAUAUUUAAGUAUGAAUGCUACUUAAGACAGUAUUCCCAAUUAUUUAUUUUUUUGGCAGUAGAGGAAUAGAUUUUGGUUAAAAUGGAUGUUUACCUACCAGAUAGAGGAAGUACAGUAUCCAUGGAUCAUUGUUAUUCCAAACCAUGGAGUGCUCAUCCAGAUGCCAGUAAUGCUAGGCCAAUUAAAAAGUUAUAUAUGCCGAAGCUACCACAUCUUACACCAAUGCAUGUACAAAACAGGGAAGCAGAAAUAGAUGUUUGUACAGUAACAGAACCCAGCAAGCCACCAUAUGAUACAGCUAAAGCCAGAAGUCUUAUGCAGGAGUGUGGACGACAUGUGCCUCUUAUGAGAACAGAAGAAAGCCCAGAGGACUGGGAAGAAAGAAUUUCAAGGUUUAAACAAAUGAAUGGAUGGAGUUUACAACAGAACAGAUUGUUUAAUAAAGUGAUGAAGGCGUUACAGUCAGAUAGGCUUGCCAGGCUUUCUUAUGUUGAUACAAAAAAUGAACCAAUAAUGAGAAGGAUUCAUAUAGACAAAACAGCAAGACGUAUCAGACAAGCUCUGGCUGGUGUAUCAUGGGAUUCCAAAUUGACACAAUGGUUACAUAAUUUACUGAUAGAGAACUUAAGCAUUCAGAUGUUGGCAUCAUAUUUAGAUGUAUUACAGACCCUCAGGGCAAAGUUGCCAACAAUGAUAGAUAAAAUGGUGGCUAUUGGUUUAGCUAGUGGAAAAUCUGCAACAUCCAUAGAAGCAUUACAUUUACUGUUGAAAAGACCUUGGGACCCAGUCUUGAGUACUUAUAAUCAACAAAAACCUCAAAAGUUGCCAGGAAAUCCUCUGAUCAUUGUAGCGCCCUCUGUGCCAUCUGCAGGUGGUCAUGCUUACUCUAAAAGAACCAGAUUCUGGAAUUCUCAGUUAUCUAACCUUGGCAAGGUGAUCCCUGUCACUAUGCACACAGUGAAUGGCAGUAAAGGUGUUGGUAUAUCUCAGUGUUUAGAACAUAUGGUUGGAGCUGUACAUACUAAAGUCUUGGAGUUAAAAGGCCAUUUUCAACAUAAGCCAAUAGUUUUACUGGGAUGGGAUACUGGCUCAUUAAUUGCUUGUCAUGUGGCACUACAAGAGACUGUGUCUGCUGUGGUAUGUCUUGGUCUACCAUUGAGUGGCAUCAGUGGAUACAGAGGAGAUAUUGAAGAUUCAUUACUAGACCUGACAACUCCCUCUUUGUUCGUGAUUGGCCAGAACUCCACAACAACAAAUAUGGAUGAUAUGGAAGAUCUCCGUGAGAGAAUGAGAGCAGAGAAUGCUUUAGUUGUUAUUGGUGGAGCUGAUAACCAACUCAGAAUGUCUAGGGCCAAACGAAAGCAAGAAGGAAUUACACAGAUUGUGUGUGACAAAAAAAUAUUGGAUGAAAUAUCUGAAUUUCUUGGUGGAAUAUUAUCACAGUCAACAUCCCAAUAUGUAGAAACACCAGAGGCUUCAGAUGCUGAGAUGAAGAAGAAACCUAAAAAAAGGAAUGAGAAAUUAAUGACAGUUUCAGGGGCAAGUCAUAUAAAAACAGAAGUUGACACAAAAGUUCAACAUUCAGGUUCAACUAUAGUGCCCAAGAGAAAAUCCACUCAUAGUUCUCUGGCUCCACCAAGGAAGAGAAUUAAGUCUGCACCAGACUCAAAGUUUUCACCGGGUACAACUCAUGUUAUGAAGAGUGCACCAGAGUUAUCUGGAUUGUUACGAGGACAGAGACAAAUACAUGACAUAAAACAAGAGAUAGAUAUGCAGAAUAGACUUUUGAAGGAAGGAUCUGCUUUAUAUUCUGAUCUGAAGGCACAGCUUGCUGCUAAGGCUACUGCACAUCAGGCAUUAGCAAGUUCUCUGACAUCUGCCGAUAUUAAGGCACAACUUGCAGCUAAAGCAGCGCAACAAUCUCUUGUUGCAUCACUAGCCAGCAGUUCUCAUUUAAACAGUGUUCGACAGGUAUCAGCCAAUACUUUAACCUCGGUUCAAUCGGUUGGUAAUCACAAUGAAAGCAUGCUGUCAAAACAUUUACAGACAUCAUCGGAGAACACUUUACCAAGUUUAGCUUCCACACUCACUUCAUUACACAAUGCUCUGAGGACUGGUGGAUACAAACCAUCUGUACAUAUAACAUCAGCUCAGUCAAUGACAAGUCAGAUUCAACAUCUGCUUUAUACAUCUGUUAAUAGAACAACAGAAUCCAAGACACAGAAAUCACUUCCGACAUUGUUGUCAUCGUUAAAAUCUCCUGCUAUGGUUUCUCCAGGAAGUAUACUUGAUGCCUCCUCAUCCACAAGUCAGACGUCCGGCUCUCCAAUUAAUUCAUCUACAACUACACAGACUGAUAGUGAGAAACUUCAGGCCAUUCAGAAACUACAGUUUCAUGAUUUUCCUCUAACCACAGCAAGCUUGAUCAAGUUUCCAAACACAGCUACAUUAGCACAGGCUAAAAUACUUACAAGUUCAAAUGCCACUAAAAGUCCAAGCCCAGGCCUAUCUGACAUCAGCAAACCGUCUACAGUUCAGAUUGUAACCAGUAAAGGAAAUCAAAUGGAGUCCUCUGGAACAAUGACCAUGGAAACAGAUGAUACAUCUCCUCCACGGCCACAGAGACCAGCUAUUGUCAGCACUGUGACUGAAGGAAAUAUAGUAACUGUCAGUCUGACAAGUGAUAAAAGUAUUAUACAUUCUGCACCGUCCACAACUAAAGUCCAAACCACCGGAUCAGGAACAAUCAGACCUAUUGUUACCUCAGAAACUCUAGGUAAAGUAAAUUCUUUACUGGAAUCUAGUCCCGUCAUUCAAAGAACAUCCACAAACAUUGUAACUCCAAGCUCUUCACAAAUAGGCAGUUAUACUAUUACAAAAACAUAUGAAUCCACACCUAAAAAGACCCCAGUUACCAGCACAACAACUCAUGUGGGGUCCGUAGUCCAAAAGGCUAGUACUACAACUCAUUCUGCAACCCCCAAGACUAGUAAAUCUACAGCUACCACUUCAGUAACAUCAUACACAGCAACACCCAAACCAGCAUUGUCUACCAUUGCAGCCACAAGAACAAGGAGAAUCAAAACUCCAAAACAGUAUGACCUAUGAACCUGUUGAACUUGAGUAAACAUACUGAACAAUGGAAGGAAAAAAGGUCUAGGAGCAGACAAGAAUAUUACUUUCAAUACAAGUCUUGAUAAAGAUGAUAACAUUGCUGAAGGUUUUUCUUGUGAUUUUACUUUUAAAAAAAUGUACACAUUUGUGCUUGUGCAAUUAGGAGGGACAUAUUUAAAAUGUAUAACAUGUAUUUCUGUAUGAGAAGAACUAAACAAUGUUAGAUGUCAGGAAUUCUAUUUAACUUGUCAUACUACGGAACAAUGUGAGACAGUCUCUUAAUUGCUAUUGAAGAUAUAGUGUUUGGUUUUCAUGACUUUAUAGUUUUGUCUUUGAUGGUUGUUUUUAAGAAGGAAUCUUUAAGAUAACCAUGAAAGUAGAAUAGAUUUUUAUAAUGCAAAAACUAAACAUUUGCACCUUGAGGCAGAGAUUAAAUUUGAAUAUACUAAGUUUAUACCUAGACUAUUGUUUAUGAAAAGGUGAUCGUGUUCAUGGAUUCUAUGAAAUUUUAUUUCUGUUAUGUUUUGUUAUAAGACCUACUAGUUACAGGAUACUAUAGUAAUUUGUGUUGUAUCAAAGUGCUAAUUGAUUAUAUCAUUUCAUUCAUGUCUAAAGAAAAUGUUUAUGUUUAUUAUAGCCAACCAAGAUUAUCUUCCUUCA